CCAGAAGCAACGGAGCACGGUACCAUACAGGAUCCAAGAAAAGCAACAUUCUCGUUCGUUGAUGAAGAUCACACUCUUGCAAAUGCUGCUAGAUUCACCUUGAAUCAAGAUUCCAUUUACUUGAAUGGUUUUUCAGGUGAUCCAGCAAGGGAGGUAUUGAAAGAUGGAUGUCAGUAUUUGAUGUUGAUGUGCCAGCAUGUUAGGAUCAACUUUUGACAAGACUGUUGGUGAUGAUAGAAAAAAAAAUCCCAUAGUAAUGGAAACAAGUAGUGAUGAUUGAAAUUUGACAUAGCUUAACCCGUAUAAUCCUGGACACAAGUUCAUUUAUAGGUAUAGUUGAACACUGCUGCAAUGUAUUUGUCUCCAUGCAAUCACUGUGAUUUAUUAUGCUCUA